AUGAUAACAACAUCAGCUGUUGUUGCCAAGAUGGCGCAUAACCUGGCAGAAUUGGAGGUUCCUCUGGUAGUAGAACCGGCCGGCGACCGAGGGAAAGAUGUCUUAAGGCGAUGCAGGGGGCGACCCAGGCUUACAGACUCAGACCGAGCACAGCGACGCCUUGAAUCCCGCAAGAAGUACGACAUUCGGAGGGUUUACCUAGGGGAGUCGUACAAGCUCUGGAGUGAGCUCCGAAGGCGCACAAGUCUGAGUGAUGCUGGACUGGCAGCCAUGUUAAUCGUGCUUCAUUCCACAUUUGGGGAGAAAUAUCAACAGAGACUCUCGGGGAAAGCUAUUACCCCAGAGGGACCAGAUAAGUCUGCGCAAAAAAGAGAAGUUAAGAGGGAGCGUGAGUCAAGUCUCCAUAGCCUGGUGUGUUGGUACCAGGAGCACUUACGUUCCUGCCCUCAUGAGCCCCAUCUCAGAUCUCUGGAGCCCCAGCCCAACUUCUCUACCGCUGCCAUCUGGCAAUGUGACUCCGACCAUUCAUUUGUGCAACACCUUUUCUCCCCGCUGAGGGAGGCAAGUGACUCUGAGCGGGAGGAACGAGAAAACGGAGAGGACGAUCUCGAAAGUGCUGCAAAAAAAGAUGUAUUGGUGCCGAAAAGGUUAUCAAGCCAGAAGAGAAAAACUAACGCUCUAUUAAAAGAUUUAGGAGAAACAAUGGUUGCUUCUGAGGGUCAGCACACGAUCACAAAUGACAUAGAACAGACUGAAGUUCUCGCACACCACGCAAGUGUGGAGACCUCCUCCAACGAUGUCUCUCUGACAGUCCCGCAUGUGUGGGAAAUGGAGAUGGUGCUGGAGCGGCGACCACAAGGCUCCCCUGAAGCAAUGUUUCGCUCCCUCACCUCAGAAGAGGAGAUUGAGGAUGUGAGGCGAAGCCAAGCUGAAGGUGCAAGAGGAGGACUUGGAGAAGAGCAAGAAGAAGAACAAAUUGGGUGCGAUUACGAGCGCGUUACUGUGGGAGCAUCUUUUGUUGAUAAACUGCGGAACACUGAUGAGGACUUAAGUAAUUCGGUCCCACCCGCCCAGCAGGAGCUGUUGGUCCCGUCUCCCAUUCAGGCGGAAGAAAAAGGGGAACUGUUUGAUGCACACUCUUUGCAGACGGUGGUGACUAGUUGUCAGAUUCCUAACCAGCAGACACAUUUAGAAGGCUCACAGCUAAUUAUCAUAACUGGCGCCACCUAUGAGGCUCUUGCGCAUGAUGGCAUUCAGCUCAAUGUGGGUGCUGGUAAUGUGGAGGAAGACACCUGCGCUUCCACUGUCAUCGGGGGCGUCACCUACAACCAAGUUUGUGAGCCUGAAUCCAAAAUGCAACAAGCAGAAUAUGAAGACUCCAUGACAGGAUUAAGUGACAAGCAGCUGCUACAGCCCACCGUUGCCAAUCUGGAGCUAAAUAGCGAUCGAGAGUUGCAGAGGCGUCUGAGCAGAUCAAAGAGGAACAGGCGAGGUCCAGUUAUUGAGGCUGACGGGAUGCUCAAGAUGUUCCAUUGCCCUUACGAGGGCUGCAGUCAAGUGUAUGUAGCCAUUAGCAGCUUCCAGAAUCAUGUGAACCUAGUUCACAGGAAAGGCAGGACAAAGGUUUGUCCACAUCCAGGCUGUGGAAAAAAAUUCUACCUAUCCAACCACCUACAUCGCCAUAUGAUCAUCCACUCAGGUGUGCGAGAUUUCAUCUGUGAGACGUGUGGGAAAUCUUUUAAGCGUAAAAAUCACCUGGAAGUUCACAGACGGACUCACACGGGAGAAACACCUUUACAAUGUGAAAUCUGCGGCUAUCAGUGUCGUCAGCGCGCGUCCCUGAACUGGCACAUGAAGAAACACACUCCGGAGGCUCACUACAACUACCCCUGCGAGUUCUGCGACAAGCGGUUUGAGAAGCUGGACAGUGUCAAAUUUCACAAGUUGAAGAGUCACCCAGAGAAGCUGUCCUCUUGAGGCGUUCACACUGUGACUAAAAGCGAGAGGAACCUUGAUGACGACAUCAUCAAGGGUGAUUUGCUUCCACAGCUGUGCAGGACACGGCAUAUUGCGUGCGAUCCUCAAGGCCUGCAAAUUCGAGCACUUCCAAAUUGAUCUUCUUUGGACCAUUUAUUCAGGCCCCAAAGCUGAAUUUCAAAAAUGCUUCAGAAUAAUAUUUUCUUUACUUAUGGGAAUAGGUUUAUAAAACAGCAUAUUGUAAAUGUGUAAGUCGAUGUAUAAAUUCCUGACUUCUACUUCAAGUUGAGUUUUUGACUAUUUGUGAAAUAUUUAUUCAUCAAAUCUCUCUCUGUUAAUAUGCCUUUGUAUGAUUACGUGCAAAUUGCAAUUCCCGAGCAGAAAAUAGCCAAUCAUGUGACUCUCAUGGGGAGGUUUUAAGGCAUAUUUAAGUAAGUAAGAAUAUAUUUCCCAAUAAAAGGAACCAUUGUAGCUCUAUGUUGGGUUGGGUUUUGCACAUUGUGUGAGCUUAGGUCAAAUCAUGUUGAAUAACUGUAGUUCUUGAUUACCAUCGAAAGAGAAUCAUGUAUUAAGCGCUUCAUUUAAAUAAUAGCAAAAGACUGCGGCAACAUUGAGGUUCAGAUUCGGUGGUUCACCAAAUUCUUUUGUGCUGUGUGUGUUUUCAGAGCAGUCACAAUCUUCGGUUUUCUAAGUGAAUAUCGUCGGACCUCUUUCUCAGGAAAAUUGUUUCCAAUUUUGUACUGUACUGUAUCUAUUUUUGUCUAAGCAAAUGCACUUUUUACUUCCCUGUGUGUCCUCUCAACUGAUGAAUCAUUAAAAUGUGUGGUGUGGCCUCCAUUCCCACGGAACCAUUCUUGAACCAAAUGAUAUUUGCCUCGCAUCGGCGGUUAAUAAUGUGCAACGCGCCUUUUACGUAAGUAAAGGGCUCACUCAGUGUUUGUGAUCAAGCGUGGGUGGGUGUGCACAAAAGACGUGACACACAGUCAUGCAAUGACUGAUACGGAACCUUUCGCCGUGUGUGACAUUCGUCAGCUCUUGAGAUACUUGUGUUAACACAGUAUUGGGAAUACUGACUGCAUGUGGUAUUUACGUUGCCCACCCCACUUAUAAAGAAAUCCAUUCAACAUGUCAAACCGCCAAUGAUGAAGCAAAUGAAUAAGCUUCCCGCUCAUAUGAAUCAUUUUCUUUUCAGUUUAGUCAGGUUCUAUGCGUCGCUCGUGUUCUUUCAUCACAGUGUGAAGGUCAAUUAAAUCCACCUUUUUUUCCAAGGUUUCUUUUCUAUCGUCAUGUACUGCACAUGCAAAUCCCUUACAGACCUGUAUCAAAUAUACUGCCAGCACAAAGAUAAUGUUCAGUUUUGAUUGAGACUGUCGGUUAUUUAAGAAUAGGACUUGUGUGCGCACUACCUGUACUGUAGCUUAUUAGAGUUUACAGUUAAGUAUUGCCAACAGUAAGUUCAUGGAUGCCUGUAACCCUGGAGACCAUUUUUGUUUUAAGAAUCAUAAAAAUGCAGCAGAGAAGAUUAUUAUUAUUAUUAUUUUUUUUCUCUUUGAUGAUUAUGUUCCUUGUGGGAUUGGCUGAGGAACAUCCCGUCUAUUGGAGGGUGUGGUGUCCAUUUGGACUCAAAUUGAAGUUACCAAAUAUGUUCCUAGCUCCUUUUUUUUAUGGUCCAUCUCGCUUGAUUUAGUACUGGUCGUUGGCCUUUUUUUAAUGAACAAAUAAUUAUUCAUCAUUGUAUAAAUGAUGGU